CCUCUCUACAUAUAUAUGUGCUCUCUACCUGUCUCAGACCACAAUACGCUUCACCUAGAUCACGCAGUACCAAUCCAGCUUUGCUCGGGAUCGAUCGAGUUGGCCGGGCUCCAUCGAUCGAUGGCUCGUUCCGGGACGACACGCCGGGGUUCGCCGGCAGUGGCGGCGCUGCAGGUAGUACUCGUGGUGGUGAUGCUGGCGGUGGCGAUGGCGCCGGGCGGGGCGCGCGCGGCGCUGUCGUGCUCGACGGUGUACAACACGCUGAUGCCGUGCCUCGGGUACGUGCAGUCGGGCGGGACGGUGCCGCGGGCGUGCUGCACGGGGAUCAAGCGGCUCGUGUCCGGCGCGCGCUCCACGCAGGACAGGCGCACCGUCUGCGUCUGCCUCAAGAACGUCUCCUCCGGCGCCAAGGGCGGGCCGUACCUCACCCGGGCCGCCGGGCUGCCCGCCAGGUGCGGCGUCCCGCUGCCCUACAAGACCGGCCCCAACGACAGCUGCAGCUCAAUUCAUUAAAUCCAGGAGUACGUUACUCUCCGGCGUAUGAACUCUCGUACUAUACGCUGCGAUAGAUGGGAACAUGGCGAGUGUUAUCAUCAACUUAUGUUUUCGUUGUAGCUAUAUAUUGGUAAUUUAUGCCGGAGAUACUAAUAGUAGUUCCAUGUACUAUGAAGUAAAGUGAGGCCGGGACAUUCUCCCUUCCUCCUAAUAAAAAUCAAGUAAAGUGAUGUGCAGCUUUUUAUUUC